AUGCCAACCACAGGUUCUUCAUUGGGGUACUUUCCCAGACUUCCCACGCUGAUGCCAUGGCCAGGUCCGCAGGUUACUCUUUGCAACAGGAAAGCUGUUGAACUUGAAUCCGUUGCUGGUGCUUACUGGAGAGGGGAUGAGAAGAAACAGAUGCUGCAGAGAAUCUAUGGCACAGCAUGGGAGAAUGAGGAACAAUUGAAAGCAUAUCUUCACUUCAAAGAGGAGGCGAAACGCGGGGAUCACAGACGCCUUGGACAAGAUCUUGAUCCGUUCUCUAUACAGGAUGAAGCUGGUGGAGGUCUAGUGUUCUGGCAUCCAAAGGGUGCCAUUGUUAGGCAUAUUAUAGAAGAUUCAUGGAAAAAAAUACAUAUAGAACAUGACUAUGAUCUGCUGUAUACUCCACAUGUUGCUAGGGCUGAUUUAUGGAAGACCAGUGGCCAUUUGGAUUUCUACAGAGAGAAUAUCAAGUAUGAGGUGAACCUUUCAACCAGGCCAGAGAAAGCUGUGGGAGCUGAUGAUAUAUGGGAAAAAGCAAUAUCUGCACUUAGAGAUGCUUUGGAUGAUAAGGGGUGGAGCUAUCGAAUUGAUGAAGGUGGUGGUGCCUUUUAUGGUCCUAAGAUUGAUCUCAAGAUUGAAGAUGCUCUUGGAAGGAAGUGGCAGUGCUCAACUAUACCGGUUGAUUUUCCACUAUGGCUUCCUCCAAUCCAAGCUCGGGUUUUGCCAGUGACGGACACACAUUCAAUCUGGGGAGGAGGGAAGGUGGGGGUUGUGGCGUGGCAGUUGGAGGUGGUGGAGGCAGUGUUUGGGGAUGGUGGAAGGGUGGGGCAGUCAUUGGAAGGGGUUAAGUUUGGUGGAAGGGGUGUCAAGGGUUUGAAUCUAUAG